CUCCACUGGAGGGAGCGCACAGCCCGUGGGAUCGGACGCCCCAGAGCACAGCCCCUCGGGCCCCAACCUCUGACCCGGAGAAAGUUGGUGGUAGCCAGGCCUUGCCUGGUGGCAUGCCUCUCCCAGGCAGCCGGUGACUUUCCACUGGGAAGAAAAUGGAUCGCUGUUAAGGGGGCUGGAGUCUGGGGAGGUCAGCCUCCUUCCAGCCUGACUCAGUGGGGCUCCAGCUUCGCCCUGCACACCACCGGGCCCAGGAGGCAUGCAUACAUGUUCACCCCACUUUCUUCCUCUUCCUCCUCCAGCCCACUUUCUCUUCUCUGUGUCGUCAGAGCUCCAGGGAGGGACCUGGGCAGACAGAGAAGCCGGAAACAGCAGGCCGGGGCAGCCAGGGAAGGCCGGGAGACCAGUGCGUGCGUGCGUGCGUGUGUUUGUGUGUGUGUAUGUGUGAGAUGUGUGCGUGUGUGCAUGUGUGUGUGUACACACUGAGUUUUUAGGGCCAGCCCAGAACCCGCUGGACAGAGCUACAGACCCAUGGGGCCUGGCAGUGCCCGCUGAGAGGAGGGAGAAGAUAGCAGAGGGGCUGCCGAGGCACCCCGAACACCCCAGAUCAUGUCUCUGUGGAGUCUGGUUUCCAAGAUGUCCCCAGAAAAACUGCAACGGCUUUAUGUUGACUUUCCCCAACACCUUCGGCAUCUCCUGGCUGACUGGCUGGAGAGCCAGCCCUGGGAGUUCCUGGUUGGUUCAGAUGCCUUCUGCUACAACAUGGCUAGUGCCCUCCUUUCUGCCACCGUCCAGCGUCUUCAGACCUCUGCAGGAGAGCAGGGGAAAGGAAGUACCCUUUUGCAGCACAUCAGCACCUUGGAGAGCAUCUAUCAAAGGGACCCCCUGAAGCUGGUGACCACCGUCAGACAAAUACUUCAAGGGGAGAAAAAAGCUGUUAUAGAAGAGUUCCGCCACCUGCCGGUUCCCUUCCACCAGAAGCAGGAAGAACUCAAGUUUACCACAGCCCUCGGGAGGCUUCAGCACCGAGUGAGGGAGAUGCGCCUUCUCCGAGAUGCUCUGCAGCAAGGGACCAAGGGCGGACAAGUGUCUCUGCACAGCCUGAUAGAAACUCCUGCCAAUGGCACCGGUCCAAGUGAGGACCUGGCCACGAUGCUGCAGGGGACUGUGGCGGACCUGGAGGCCACCCAGGCUCUGGUGCUGAAAAGGAUCCAGAUUUGGAAGCGGCAGCAGCAGCUGGCAGGGAAUGGUACACCCUUUGAGGAAAGCCUCUCCGGGCUGCAGAAAAGGUGUGAAAGCCUGGUGGAAAUUUAUUCCCAGCUGCAGCAGGAGGUUGGGGCAGCCAGUGGGGACCUUGAGCCCAAGACCAGGGCAUCGCUGAUAAACCGUCUGGAUGAAGUCCUGCGCACCCUUGUGACCAGCUCGUUCCUGGUAGAGAAGCAGCCUCCUCAGGUUCUGAAGACACAAACUAAGUUCCAGGCUGGAGUUCGAUUCCUUCUGGGUCUGCAGUUCCUGGGGACCUCAGCCAAGCCUCCACUGGUCAGGGCUGACAUGGUGACAGAGAAACAGGCCAGAGAGCUAAGCCUGCCGCAGGGGCCUGGGGCUGGAGUGGAGAGCACCGGAGAGAUCAUGAACAACACCGUGCCUCUGGAGAACAGCAUUCCUGGGAACUGCUGCUCCGCCCUGUUCAAGAACCUGCUCCUGAAGAAAAUUAAGCGCUGUGAGCGGAAGGGCACAGAGUCUGUCACUGAAGAGAAGUGUGCUGUGCUUUUCUCCACCAGCUUCACACUGGGCCCCAACAAGCUCCUCAUCCAGCUUCAGGCCCUGUCUCUGCCUUUGGUGGUCAUUGUCCACGGCAACCAAGACAAUAAUGCCAAAGCCACCAUCCUGUGGGACAAUGCCUUCUCUGAGGUGGACCGCGUGCCUUUUGUGGUAGCUGAGAGAGUGCCCUGGGAGAAAAUGUGUGAAACUCUGAACCUCAAGUUCAUGGCUGAGGUGGGGACCAGCCGGGGGCUGCUACCAGAACACUUCCUCUUCCUGGCCCAGAAGAUCUUCAAUGACAACAGCCUUAGUAUGGAGGCCUUCCAGCACCGUUGUGUGUCUUGGUCACAGUUCAACAAGGAGAUCCUGUUGGGUCGUGGCUUCACUUUUUGGCAGUGGUUUGAUGGUGUCCUAGACCUCACUAAACGUUGUCUCCGGAGCUAUUGGUCAGAUCGGCUGAUCAUCGGCUUUAUUAGCAAACAGUACGUCACAAGCCUUCUCCUCAACGAGCCAGAUGGGACUUUCCUCCUCCGCUUUAGCGACUCUGAGAUUGGGGGCAUCACCAUUGCCCAUGUCAUCCGGGGUCAGGAUGGCUCCUCACAGAUAGAGAACAUCCAGCCAUUUUCUGCUAAAGACCUGUCCAUUCGCUCACUGGGGGACCGAAUCCGGGAUCUUGCUCAGCUGAAGAACCUCUACCCCAAGAAACCCAAGGAUGAGGCUUUCCGGAACCACUAUAAGCCUGAGCAGAUGGGGAAGGACGGGAGGGGUUACGUCUCAACUGCUAUCAAGAUGACUGUGGAAAGGGACCAGCCUCUUCCUACUCCGGAGCCCCAGAUGCCUGCCAUGGUGCCACCUUAUGAUCUUGGAAUGGCCACUGAUGCCUCUGUGCAGCUCGGCUCAGAUAUGGGGUACCCUCCACAGCCUCAUCCCAUCCACUCAUUUCAAAGCCUCCCUCUAGAAGAGCCAAUCAACAUACUUCCAACCUUUCCGGAGCCUCACCUGCAAAUGCCCCCCAACAUGAGCCCGAUGAACCUACACUUUGACCAGCCUCACCCCCAGAACCUGCUGCAGUGCCAGCCUCAGGAGCAUGCCGUGUCCAGCCCCGAACCCCUGCUCUGCUCCGACGUGACCAUGGCAGAAGACAGCUGCCUAGCUCAGCCUGUGGGAGGUUUCCCCCAGGGCCCCUGGGUUGGCGAAGACAUGUAUGCUCCCCUACUGCCUCCCACUGAACAGGACCUCAACAAGCUGCUCCUGGAGGGCCAAGGGGAGGCAGGAGGAGGGGCCUUGGGGGCCCAGUCCCUCCUACAACCAUCUCCUUAUGGGCAAUCCGGGAUCUCAAUGUCCCACCUGGACCUAAGGACCAACCCCAGUUGGUGAUCCCAGCUGGCGAAGCCCCAGACACAGAGCCUCUUCUGUCUCUAUGGACCUGCUCUGGACACCUGCACAGGCGGGUGCCUCCCAUCUCCAGCUGUUUCUUGGUCAGGAGGAAAGAACUGCUGGGCGAAUGGAACCACUGCCCUCCGUCCUUCCUACCACAUCAGGGCCCCUUUUCCAGCACAGGGGUACAAGGAUGUUCAGGCUCCAAUGUGAUAAUCGGCACCUGCGUGCCGGCGUCACAGCACGCACAUACACACACACACACAGAGGACCAGAACAUGCUGAGCAAGAAGGGACUAGGCAAGCACUGGUUAGGGCGCCAAGGGCUCCUGUGUUGAGGCAGGGCCUGGGACACACAUGCAGAAACACGUAAGAUACCAUGCCACGGAUAGAGGGCGUAGCCCUAGAGCAUUGAAGCAGGGGUUCGGGAGACCCUGGGUGGGAGGUAAAAGGGGGUGUAGGUAUAUGGUUACUGGUGUGGAUUUUGCCUAGAUUGAAAAACCAAGUCCCUCCAAAAUCUUGCCGUCAAGAGGCUCUGUGACAGUCCAGACUAUGCAUCCCAAGAGCUUUGUGUGUAGUUGUGCCAACAUUUACCUGAGACAUGUUAACCUGUAGCUGUCACACAUUCACUCUAUGACCACACAGAACAUGUAUCUCUGCUUCUGCCUGUGCGACAACGUGUAUUUGAAAAGCUGGGACGGCGUUAAGGGUAACCGGAUGCCAUGUGGGGUGUAACUAUGUGGCUGUGGCGUGUGCAUAUAGCCAUAGCCUUGGUGACUCAAUGCUUUCCCCCUUUCCUAGGGCCUGAGGACCGAGCAGGGGUCCUCGCUGUGUACCACCCUGGGCGUUGGGGGCCCCCAACUAGUCUCUCUUGUAAUUUUCUGUCCACUGCCGGCUUCUCUCCACUCUCCAGGUCUCAUGCACUCCCUUUGCCCUCACUGGGGGGACAAGGGGGGAGGGUCAUGGAUCCUAAGCCAUAAAAUAAAUUUUAUUCCAAAAUAACAAAAUAAAUAAUCUACU